AUGGUUUUACCUCCAUCCCAGAGACUCUGGGUGGGGAUGUUGGUGGUAAUGGUGGUGGUUGAGUUCCCUGGAGCCCUGCAGAAGUGCAUCUUUGACGAGAUUCAGGCUCAGGCCAGGGUGGUCCGAGCUGCACCCAUCUACCCAGACAGCCCACCCAACGAGCCCAGACUUGGAGACCAGGCCAGAACCUCUGGCCAACAAACCAAUCGUCCAGGACAGAGGGCAUCAUCUCUGCGUGGCCAGACACAGAGGAGAAGCCUGAGAAAGAUGGCCCUGCCCACUACUGCCGCUCCACAGCCAAUCAGGAUCCAGACCUGGAUUCCCACAGAGAGCAAUGACCUAUCAGAGGCUGAGAAAGAGAGGCUGGAAGCAGCGGUGGAGGAGGCUAUCCCAGAUGAUCAUCUGGCUGGAUGUGAUAUUUACGCUGAGGCUGAUUCACCUCGCAGGACUGAGCUCCGUCCUGAAGGGGCUGGACUCCCUGACACUGACUUCCUGCUGUACCUCCACACGCAGGCCACUGACAAGUGCAGGGCAGAGCCUAACGUGUUGGCCUACGCUGUCCACUGUCAGACGGACACUCAUGGACGACCUGUGGCCGGGGUGGUCGUCAUCUGCAGGGACAGUCUGACAGGAGCCACAUACAGCCACCAGGCCAUUGUACAGACUAUCAUCCAUGAGCUGUUUCAUGCACUUGGUUUCUCUAAAGAGCUCUUCCACACCUGGAGAGACUGUUCAUCCAAAUCUCAAGUGGGUGCUGGCUGUUCUCCUCGAGGCAAAGUGAGUCACUCUGAUGGAUCGGGCCAGAUGAGGAUUUACACCCCAUCCCUCAUUUCCGCCUUGCAGAAGCACCUGGCAUCCACUGACCCUGAGCUAGGGGGGCCGCUAGAGAACCUGGAUGUUGCUCCAGGCAGAGUGUCCUCUCACUGGGAGUCCCGGGUCCUGCAGGGCUCCAUCAUGGCACCGGUGCUGGGGGACUCGACCACAGUCCGGAUCGACCCGGUCACCUUGGCUGCAUUACAGGAUACAGGCUGGUACACUGUUGACCUGAACCAGGCACAGAGUCUAGUCUGGGGAGAUGGUGAAGGAGCUACGUUUGGUUCCUUGUCAACCUGUCGGAACAAGUCUUCAUCUUUUUUCUGCACCGGCAGUGGAUUUGGGUGUCAUUAUCUUCACCUCCACAAGGGGGAGUGCCAGACUGAUCAACAUCUGGAGGGAUGUCGAGUGUAUAAACCCCUCAAGAAUGGAAGUGAAUGUUGGAUAGAGAAAAAUGGCAGAGACGAAGACUGGAGCGGGGAGAUCUUUGGUGUUCAAAGCCGCUGCUUCUUCUCCAGUCUGACCAGACAGAAGCAAAUGGAGCUAAGCAGCUCUGUGGUGGGACGUUGCUAUAGACACAGGUGUACUGGCCUGAACCGGUACCAAAUCCAGGUGUCUGGCUCUGAAUGGAUGGACUGUCCAGUAGGGGAUAAUAUUCAGAUAAAAGGAUACCAGGGUUUAGUUCACUGCCCUGACAGGAGGUUAUGUGUGUACGCUGACAUUACCCCCCCUUCAGAUGUUCUCAAUACAUUUCAUGCUUCUAUCUCAAGUGAUCCAUAUGAGACUUUAACUGCAGUCCAGACCUGGAGCUGGUGGCCCCUAAGACUCCCUGCAGAGCUCCCUGUGGCCCCGGUGCUCGGCGUCACUGCUGCUGUGUGUCUCCUGGCUGCAGCUCUGCUGUCUCUCAGGAAAUGUUGCUCCUGCAAGGUCCGGAUCCACACUGCCCCGGAGAAUCACACUGAUCUGUAG